CCUGCCGAACGAGCCUGCUUUUUAGGGUCAGGAACUGGUCUGACAAGAGAAUGGCAGUCGUGCCUGUAAACUGACAAUAGGAGUGUACAGUGGACGAUGAAGCUACCAGCACACUGGACCCCAAGGCAGAGACGCUGAGCAAGAGAAUGUCAAGACAUAUUUCAGGUCCCAGUGAGUGCUGCUGAAGAUGUCUGAUAGUGUGGAUAUUGAAGAGAAACCGCCAGCCCCUCCCCUGAGAAUGAACAGUAGUUCCCGCGACUCUGCCUCACUGAACCACGCCUCCAAACCGCUUCCAAUGGCCCCCGAGGAGAAGAACAAGAAGGUUCGCCUGCGCUCCAUCUUCCCUGGGGGAGACAAGACCAACAAGAAGAAGGAGAAGGAACGUCCCGAGAUCUCGCUGCCCUCCGACUUCGAGCACACCAUCCAUGUGGGCUUUGACGCCAUCACAGGGGAGUUCACUGGCAUCCCGGAGCAGUGGGCGCGGCUCCUCCAGACCUCCAACAUCACCAAGCUGGAGCAGAAGAAGAACCCCCAGGCCGUGCUGGACGUGCUCAAGUUCUACGACUCCAAGGAGACGGUCAACAACCAGAAGUACAUGAGCUUCACCUCAGGAGACAAAUCCGCCCAGGGGUACAUUGCAGCAAACAACCUGAACCGGCUGCUGUCGUCCGGGCCACCCGUCAGCCUUAGAACCUGCAGCGCAUUAUUUGACAAGACCCACCCAGCUCAGAGCUCCAGACUCACAGCCACCUCCACCACCGCCGGGGCCAAGACCGCCGCCUCAGAGCCCCCCAUCGCCCCGCCCGUCUCCGAGGAGGAGGACGAGGAGGAAGAGGAGGAGGAAGAGGAGGAGGAGGAGGAGGACGAUGAGGACGAGCUGCCGCCUGUCAUCGCGCCGCGACCGGAGCACACCAAAUCAAUCUACACACGCUCCGUCCUGGAGCCUAUGAAGCCCCCCAGCCCGGUGAAGGAGGUGGUGACUCCGCCCGAGUCCCAGGUGCAGCCGGAGAACACGUCAGACACCAUGUACCGCCACACCGACCGGCAGAAGAAGAAGUCCAAGAUGACGGACGAGGAGAUCUUGGAGCGCCUCAGAAGCAUUGUGAGUGUGGGCGACCCCAAAAAGAAGUACACACGCUUCGAGAAGAUCGGACAAGGAGCUUCAGGGACCGUGUAUACUGCUAUUGACAUCGCCACAGGACAGGAGGUGGCCAUCAAGCAGAUGAACCUGCAGCAGCAGCCCAAGAAGGAACUGAUCAUCAAUGAGAUCUUAGUCAUGAGGGAAAAUAAAAACUCUAACAUAGUCAACUACCUGGACAGCUACCUGGUGGGGGAUGAGCUCUGGGUGGUGAUGGAGUACCUCGCGGGGGGCUCGUUGACAGACGUCGUCACGGAGACCUGCAUGGACGAAGGCCAGAUCGCCGCCGUCUGCCGGGAGUGUCUUCAAGCGCUGGACUUCCUGCACUCCAACCAGGUGAUCCACAGAGAUAUAAAGAGCGACAACAUCCUGCUGGGCAUGGAUGGCUCCGUCAAGCUCACCGACUUCGGGUUCUGUGCCCAGAUCACUCCGGAGCAGAACAAGCGCAGCACCAUGGUGGGCACACCCUACUGGAUGGCUCCGGAGGUGGUGACCCGCAAGGCCUACGGGCCCAAGGUGGACAUCUGGUCCUUGGGCAUCAUGGCCAUAGAGAUGGUGGAGGGGGAGCCGCCCUACCUGAACGAGAACCCGCUCAGGGCUCUGUACCUGAUCGCCACCAAUGGGACCCCAGAGCUGCAGAACCCGGAGAGGUUAACGUCCGUGUUCAGGGACUUCCUGAACCGCUGCCUGGAGAUGGAUGUGGACCGCAGGGGGUCGGCCAAGGACCUGCUCCAGCAUUCCUUCCUGAAGUUAGCCAAGCCUCUAUCCAGCCUGACGCCCCUGAUUGUAGCCGCCAAGGAAGCCAUAAAGAACAGCAGCCGCUAGGGGGCGCCAUAGUCCUCACCCAAAGCUGGAACCUUGCCUCUAAUGUGUGUGUGUGUGUGUGUGUGUGUGUG